AUGAUCGAGACUCCGGGCAUGUAUAUCAGCGCUUCAAGGCCCCUCGACGAAUGGUGGGCAAAAAGAGAGAAGAGAAUAAAGUUAAAAUUCACAUACAGUUCUUCGCAACCUCGACAGACUAGAAAUUCAGUGAAUAAUCUUUGGGAUCCUGAUUAUGUACCCAACUCACUUGUUCCAGUCUCUUUUGCGGCGUCGACAUACAGCGAUUACCCUUCCUCUACGAACUAUGAUAAAUAUCGUCUCGCACCUGGUCUUGAAAGACAACCUCUUCAGGGCAAGUCUUACUUUAUCACCUGGUUGAAGAUUCGAUUAACGAAGACAACGCCCCAGCGUAUAGAUACUAGUGGGGGUAUCAAUGAAGCUUGUGAUACAUUCCAAAGUGGAAGAAAGCUACUUAAUACGAUAAUUCACAAUGAGCCAAUUUUCCGGCCAUUCCUCAAGCAAAUCUUUGAAGGGUUGGACGAAGACAACGUUAAGUGGAUAGAGAUUAGGAUUCUUUUCAAGGUUGAAUUUCAAUUGGAAUGGAGUGAUACCCCAUCUGGGGAGAUUGAAAUGGCAAGAGUGAUUUGUGAAGAAAGGGAAAAGUUUGCAAUCACGAUGAAAAAGAAAAAUAAGGAAUGGUGGGGACUGCGGGUUAUCUGGACGGGCUUGAGAUUGUGGAAAGAUGAAGAAAUCAAAGCUGAUAUGGAGACUUGCAUGCGUGUGAAGGAACGAUAUCCAGAUCUGGUUUCAGGAUACGAUCUAGAGGGACAGGAAAGACUCGGUCGUACACUCGAAGAUCUCAUACCUAUUUGCCUCUGGUUUAAGCAACAAUGUGAAAGCCGCAAUUUAAACAUCCCAUUCUUCUUGCAUGCAGGUGAAGUAAAUGACCACAACCUUUACGAUGCCAUUCUUCUAGGUGCUCGACGUAUUGGUCAUGGAUAUUCACUUCCUAAACACCCGCUGCUGGAAAAGAUUUGUAAAGAGCGACAAAUCCUGAUCGAGUCCUGUCCACUGUCAGAUGAAAGUUUGAGAUUUACAAAUUCUGCCAAUGCUCAUACUUUACCAAUGCUGUUGGCAAAAGGUGUAAGUGCUAGUUUGAAUUGUGAUGACCCAUUUCUAUUAGGUCAAGAAAUGAUAGGCAUUUCAAUGGGAUUAUUCCUGUGCAUCUGGUCAUGGGACAAUCUAGAUCUCGGUGGUCUGGGUCAUUUGGCAUAG